AUGGCGUUACGGUACUUCCCACAAGAUGCUUGCGAUACAGAAACAGGAACGGAAUGUGAUAAUAAGCCCAUGAAUGUGUGCGUAGCCAAUUCGAGUGUACAUACAGAGCACAGAUCCACCAAUAUGGCACGUUUUGUAGCGAGUUUUAUGCGGCAGCGUAGAACCUGUUCAGGAUCGCUGGGUAUAUUUUGGUUAGGCAUAGCUCUACUUUGUAGCCUCUCCGGGUGUCUUGCUGCGAAAGGAGACGAGGAUGCUUGCAAAAUCUGCUACUGCUAUAAGACAAAAGUGGAUUGCAAUGGGAAAAAUCUGUCAUCUGUUCCAUCUGGGAUACCACACGGCACAACCUCGCUAAAACUCAAAGACAAUUUGUUGACGAACAUACAGAAGGACGACUUCAAGAACCUCACCGAACUUCGGUACUUGCACUUGGAUGGCAAUCAGAUAUCUUAUAUACAAGGUGGAUCGUUCCGACAUCUUAACAGCCUUCAAGUCCUACUUCUGGCCAAAAAUCGUCUGGAGAGUCUUGAUUCAAACACGACUGAGGGUUUACGUGUUGAAGCAUCAAAGUCGUAUAUCAGCUUGGCGGACAAUAGAUUGACCCAUUUAAGCCCUUAUACGUUCAGUGGAGCGGACGGUCUUGAUGGGUACAUGUAA